AUGGCCAUCCCUGGCGUCUCGCCUCCCAAGCCAUUCCGCGAUCUGAAAGAUCUGAGCCGGAAAUCAACGCUUCACGCUUCCAAAACAUUGAUCACAACAGAACCCGGCUUGGGAGCAGCCGUGACGCUUACCCCAGUUGCCGACAUCGAACCCCUCACAUUAUCAAAGUCGUCACGCAUGAGCAGGAGUUUUUUUCCUCUUGUUGAUGAUGAUGAUGAUGAGGAGGAGGAGGAGGAGGAGGAAGAGGAGGAUGUAUCCUCGAAUCAUUGGAGUCCCGCUGCGGAUAGUCCGAAACCUGAGUAUACCAACGAACUAUCAUCGAUCUCCCUGCAUCUCAGAAUCAAAGUACUCUACUGGGCCCCCCUCCGCUACCGCCGCAUCCUCAAGUCAUCGACGCGACCCGUGCUUUGCGGCCAGCCUCUCUGCCCCCCGAUUGCGCUGUUCGGGCUUGCGGGGACACCGACGCCCCCCUCCACCACCCACUGGAUCGUGCCCAUCCUGGCCGGGAUCCCGUUCGGCUACGGCUGCGUCUGGGCCUCCACUUGGCGGCUUCGGUCCCGGCGUUCAUGGCUUUGGUCUGCGUGCGAAGUCGAUUCCGUGGUUUCCUAUACCUAUGGGGCCUGGAUCCGCAAGCGACGUCCUUGGCUGGAGAUGUGUCAUGCAUACCACCCAGCUGUAUUUGCAUUACAACUUAGACCUGAGCGGCACAUUAUCAUGCGGUGGGCUGCAGAUGAAAGCUUCAGUUGGCGGCACACAACCCAGUCGUCGCUUGGGGCAAACCCCCAACGCCUCAGAUGUAAACAAGUCUAUUUGGAACCGGGUGAGAUCACCACAGGUGGCAUCAACCACAAGGCAAAGAUAUCAGAUAUCAGCACUUAG